AUGGAUCGUUUCUGGUCUGCUCCUCCUGUCACGAGAACGCUUACUGCUCUGACAUUUGCUCAAUCAGCUCUGGUUUAUGGUGGCCUGCUGAGCGGCUAUUAUGUUGUCUUCAUUCCGAGGCUGCUUUUUAGGCUUCCGCCUCAGUUAUGGAGAUUGUUUUCACCUUUCCUUUUGACAGGAUCGGGUCUCUCCUUCAUAUUCGAUCUUUACUUCAUGUAUACCUAUGGCAGCGCACUUGAGACAGACUCACCCCGAUUCAGUUCGCCUGGUGACUUCUUCACCUACGUUUUAUUCGUAGCCUUUGUUAUCAUGGUCACCGCAGGUUACUUCUUAAGUGGCGUAAUCUUCACCUCGGCUCUGAUUCUAGCAUUUGUCUAUACCUUUGCACAGGACAAUCGGGGGAAAAGAGCAACCUUUAUUAUCAUCCAGAUACCCAUCGAAUACUUACCCUGGGCGAUGCUCGUGCUCACUCUGGUCAUGGCCGGUUGGCCGGCUGCAUUGAGCGAGGGUAUGGGAAUCAUAGCCGCCCACUUGUAUGAUUUCCUCACACGUCUUUAUCCGACCUUCGGUGGAGGAAGAAACUACCUCACCACGCCAGCUUUCGUAAGGAGAUUUUUCGCCGCAUACGCCCCUAGAGGGGAAUAUCGGGCCUAUGGAACUGCCUAUCGGCCAGCGGGCCAAAACCCCCCUUCAUCAAGUGGCUGGGCUUCAUCCUUUCAGAGCUCAUGGGGUGGAAGAGGGCCGGGGCGGAGACUUGGCGGUAGCUAA